AUGGGUGAUAUGUAUGUGAAGGACGAGUUUCGGCGGCACAAGGAUGCUAGUCCCGAGCAUUCGGCUACAUUCAUUAAUGAAUGGACGGUGGGUGGAAAUUAUGUAUUUUCCGUCUACGAGAUCUGUGUAGGGCGCGUGUAG